AGUCCUAUUUCUGGACGAAACUUCCGCUAGACAUCCCUACAGCCUCUUGAACCUAGAUCGUCCCAGCCCUAAGCAGAGCAAAGCAAAUUUAUUUGUGUAGCGCAUUUCAUGCACGAGGUCCUGUGCAUGGUGAGGAGUCGUCCCUCAACCGUAUUCAUUCCACUUCAUUCGGGUCGCCAGCUGCAGCGUGCGUCGCUGUGUUCUUCCAGACGCAACCUGCUGCCCGCUGCAGCCCAAAAUGACCCAGGAUCCCUGCAGAGGCAGACCCACCCGGAGUUGUCGCUGCCAUGUCUUCUUGACAUGGGCUUCACGCACAGCCAAGCUGAGGAAAUCUAUGAAUCCGUGCGUAAAGCCAGAGGUGGAAGCGCCGCCAAGCAUUGUCUGUCAACACUCGCCGUUCUGUUCAUGUUGGGCCUCAACCCGUCUAGCGUGCUGAAGUUAUUGACUAAAUGUCCUGACCUUUACACCGUCACGGAAUCGCUCCUGCAGCAGCGUAUAAGCAACCUGCGCAAACUGGGUUUUGGCGAAGGCAGUCUCCAGCGGCUGGUGGCGCACUACCCCGCCAUCCUCACCGUGCCUGUGAAGACAGUCAAACAUGCCACGAUGUUCCUCAGGGAGAAGUGUCUGUUUACCGUGCAGCAGGUCACCGACAUCCUCAGAGACAGUCCGGCCGUCGUGCACCAAGACCGGGCUCAGCUGGAGUACAAGUUUCAGUACGCCUACUUCCAAAUGGGUGUCAAACAGGCAGAGAUGGUGAAACACAGGUUGUUCCGGUCCUCGCUGGAAGAGCUGCGCCAGCGGCACGCUUUCUUGGAGCGCCGGGGCUUGUACCAAACCCCCGACAAGAACGGGCAGACCCUCGUCGUCAACCCCAAACUUGACAGAGUCCUCGACGCCGAUCUGGACAGCUUCCUGGCGAACGCGGCCGACGCGUCGGCCGAAGAGUAUGACGUCUUUCGGAGGCUGCUGGCCAGGGAGUUGCAGGAGGAGGAGCGUCGCUACGGCGACGAGAGCGGGGACGACGAUGACGACGACAGUGACGAAGAUGAGGACGAGACGGAAGGCAAGGCUAGCUACAGGAACAGGAAAAGGAAGUCAUGAGACUUGAUUUAGACAAUAAGCGUCACACAUAAGUAUCAGUGCCAUACUAAAAAAAAAAAGGGGGCGGUGGCAAAAUAUCAAGGAUAAAGUAAAAUUGAUUGGAAAAACCUUAUUUUGGAGAGAAAUGAAAAAUGAAAUAUUACAAAAAAACAACAACAGAAUAACUGGUAAUGUGUGCGAUGUUUCCCUCAGGAACGUGCACAAACAUUUCAUACUUGCAUAAAUUUUUUGGGGGGAGUGUCACAAAUUCAACAAACAUUAGGACUCUUUCCCCCCCCCCCCCCACGCCACCCCCACCAGCAAGCACAUACGUAUGUUUUUUGUUAUUGUGACAGUAAGUUAAAAAUGUCUUUGGCAGUUAUGAUAGGGAUAUUAUUAUUUGUGAAUUGGAAGAGUCAAAGUAAAGAAUUAUAAAGCCCUUAUUAAAUGAUGACCAUCUUCUGUUUCAUGUUAACCUUUCAUUUUGUAAUUCCAUGACUUCCCCCCCACCCGACAAGCGUAGCCCGAAUACGGCAACACCGAAAAGUCCUAAUUUGGAUCAACUCCAAUUUCGGCAUCACUCCGAAUUAUACCUCAUCUGCUAAAAUAAGAAAAAUGGUGUGCAGUGGAAAAAAUAUUUAGUUUCUUACGUUUGUCUUUGUCCUCUCACAAUUAUGUACAUGAUUGCAACAAGUUGAUUUUAAAGUAGAUUUCUUCAUUAAAG